GAGCAGCACAAACGUAGGCUGUGACACAAGGCCCAGACUCAGUUAACAAACAAACAAACCUCACUUUCCUAAUCUUAAGUUUGGUAUUCAUCUGUGUCAAUGUUCAUGCAUCUUUCUUCCUCCCAGAAACCACUUUUUUCUUUCUUUUUUGUUCUUUUUUCAUUUCAGGUUGUUCACCAGUUUGAGUUGUUGGAUCUCCUCCACUGCUUCUUCUCCUGAUCCUGUUCUGUUUCAAAUUUCAACCCAAGGAGCUUGGGAACAAACUCCUGCUCCUUCUUCUCCUUGGUCAUAGGCAAUGGGAGGUGCACUGGGAAAGAGUGAAUCACCUAGAAAGGGAUCGAUGCCAGAAACUAAGCUCGAGGCUAAAAUGGUUGAAGCAAUGCAGCGGAGGGAAUCUCAAGGAAGUUCCGUGAAAUCAUUCAACACUAUAAUCUUGAAAUUCCCAAAGAUUGAUGAGAGCCUUAGAAAAUGCAAAGCCAUAUUUGAGCAGUUUGAUGAGGAUUCUAAUGGGGCAAUAGAUCAAGAGGAGUUGAAAAAGUGUUUCAGUAAGCUGGAAAUUUCUUUUUCCGAGGAGGAAAUAAAUGAUCUUUUUGAAGCAUGUGAUAUUAACGAGGAUAUGGGAAUGAAGUUCAAUGAGUUUAUUGUACUUCUUUGUGUUGUCUACCUUCUCAAGAAUGACCCUGCAGCUCUUCAUGCUAAAUCACGAAUUGGGAUGCCAAAGCUGGAGGGCACAUUUGAGACUUUGGUUGAUACAUUUGUAUUCUUAGACAAGAACAAGGAUGGAUAUGUCAGCAAAAAUGAGAUGGUCCAAGCUAUAAACGAAACUACAUCAGGGGAGCGUUCUUCUGGAAGAAUAGCCAUGAAAAGAUUUGAAGAAAUGGAUUGGGAUAAAAAUGGAAUGGUUAACUUCAAGGAGUUUCUAUUUGCUUUUACACGUUGGGUUGGAAUUGAUGAAGUUGACGAUGAGGAAAAUGACGAGGCUUAAAUCAUUUCAUCUAAAUAUCUGACUGCCUCUUCAGCCAAGGCAAAAGGGUUUUUCUGGUUUUCCCUUGCAAUAAAGGCCAAGUUGCUGCACGUUGAAUUUUAAAGAAACUGUCAUUCCUGAAGUUCGUUAUGUAAAUAGUAAGUGUAGAGCUAAGUGCCGUAUUGAAGAAAUGUUCAAAUUUACGGAUUAAAUGCUACUACCAUAGUGAUUAUGUAUCGGUUGCUGCUUCUUUCUCUUUCUCGCUUAGUAUUCAAUUCUGCUAUGUAUUGAACUAUAAAUAGCCUGUGCUAGUGCACUACAAUAAUGAGAGGCAAACUGGCAAAGUGCAUAUCUACUCAUUAAGUAGUUUAGCCCUUCCUAAAGAGCA